AUGUUCCGGCUGUUGACGUCUGCCACGGCGCCGAGGGCCCGGCCGGCUAUACAACUACCGCCACCGGGUGGUGGCUGCAGUACAUGGAAAGAACAGAAGCAUGCACAGUUUUUAACAAGUCGUAACCCAAAGUGUCAUCGCUUAUGCGCGGCAAAUAGGUAUUUUGAUGGAGAUUCCACAAGUCAGGAAAAUUCCCAAACAGCUUCCCCGAGUAUCACAAAAGGAAGCGGGGCGACGCCUUUGUUUUCGUCUACGCCCUUACCUCUUCACCCAUACUUGCAGCGGCGGAUUUUGGAUUCCGGAUUGGAAGUAUAUAUGCUGCCCCAUGCUCACCCAGAAGGCAGCUUAGAGAUUCACUUAGAAAUGCAUGCUGGCAGCACAGCAGAAGAUGAAACUGAGCAGGGAAUGGCUCACCUUUGCGAGCACCUCGUUUUUAUGGGCAACCGAAAAAGGGGAGAAGUCCUGUCUCUACAGGGCGAGGCUAACGCCUUCACAGACUUCCAUCACACGGUCUAUUUCGCCAGCUGGAGAGGGGGAAGCAGUGCGCAAAUUCAGAAGCCACACGGCAUAGACUGGGAAAGGGCUGAGGGUAGCCACGCCUGGAGUCUGCGCCGGCUGAGAGCCGCACUGGAAAUGAUGCGAGAAGUCCUCACGGCCCCCACGCAGUUCACAGUAGAACGGCUUCUUAAGGAGAAGGCUGCAGUCCUUUCAGAGUCGUCCCUAGUGAACACAAUUUUGUACAGGAAGGAACAGGCUCAACUGUCCAAACUUCACAGUGAUACUAUUCUUCCCUCCCGUUUUCCUAUCGGGGACAUGCAGCUUCUCCGCAGCUGGACUGUUGACCAGGUGCGGAAGUUCUUCGCACGCUUUUACCGCCCAGAGAACGCCACACUUUUUAUUGUGGGCGAUGUUGCACCGCGAGUGGCCUUCCAGUAUGUAGAUGACCUCCUUGGAGCCCUUCGAGGAGACAAGGCUGGGGUUGAAGAAUGGUGUGCAAUCCGCGACCAGUGGCAACAAACAACGGCAAAGAGAGAUUCGGUCUUCUUCCCUCCUUUGACCCAUUCUUGGAUCAGGGGUGACAGAACUGCUAGUUCUGGGGCUUGUUCGGAAGUAACUGAUACCAAAAUAGAGGUGCCAAAUGUAGAUUUGAAGGCUCAAGAGAAAACAUCGGCAUCCCUUAGACGCUCUCUAAGGUCCCGCUUGCAUGUAUGGCAGCAUCCUUUGCUGCAGCACUUCUCGCUGCUCUUCCUCCGGAAGCUCCCGAUAGCGCCGCUGCGUACUGCGGAAGAUUUCUUCCGCCUUCUCUCCCGGAAGCUUGCCCUGCAGGCCCUCGCCGUAAGACUGACGGAGCGAUGUCGGAGAGCGGACGACACAUGGAUGCGUGUUGAAGUUGCAGACACUGAGUCAGUUAAAGAGGGGUGCCGCAUUGUUAGUGUUGAAGCCGAGGCUGAUCAAGGCCGCUGGCGUGAUGCUGUGCGCGUUGCCAUCGAAGAGGUACGCCAGAUGGCGGAGCAUGGACUGAGUAUGGCGGAAUUGGCGAGUCUGUUGGACUCAUAUAGGGUAAAUCUCGACAGAAUGCAUAUGCAGUCGCUCUCGUCUGCUGACAUGCUACGGCUGCUCAUGGACUGCGCUGCCUGUGGGCACUCUGUAGUUCAUCUUGAGGACGAGCGUGAGCUUGCACUGUUCCUCGCCAGAGGCGGCGUGUGGGAAUCACCUCAAUCAGGCCCUGGCGGGAAGAGUGCAGGGACGGACAAUCCAGACCCGAGGGGAAUGAGCAAACUGCUUGAUCUUGUAAAUGCAGAAACACGAAACAUGUUGAAAUGGAUGAGUGAACCUAUUGAUAGGGAUGGAAAACACGCAGGACCUGACGCCAUCUGCACUUUCCUUGCACAAGCGGGAAGCCAACGUAGCGACUGUAACCCCCCAAGGAGGCGCGUGCCUUCCACACAGCUGCAAGGCCAUAUCGAGUCGGAGCAGCUAGGAGUAGCAGAAAUCGCGCCGGAAGCCCCUGCCUCGCCCCAUGCAGUUGAUGAGACGACUGCCAGCAGUGCUUGCAAGGGGAAACUUGCAAUUCCUGAGGAAUCAAUUCUUAGGGAAAUAUGCGACGCCAUGACCUGUCCGAUCAAUUUCCACAGGGAGGGGGUUCAGGCGCCGAAAUACUUGUUGACGAACGAGCAAUCGAUGGAGCUGGAGCAAAGGGCGGGAAGAGAAAUUCCAAUGUCACGGAAGCUGGACGAGGCUGGGCCAGACGCGCGGGUCCUGAAGUAUGCAAAUGGCAUUAAGCUUACUGUAAAGCCGCUGGCUGAAGAACGCGGGUCCGCGCUGAUCCGCGUGCUGAUUCCUGGAGGCAGGCUGGCUUCUGCGCUAAACUUCUCGAAGAGCGUCGCAGACAGCGGAAGUCCUGAAUCUUUGAGGAAACACAGCGCAGCAAUGGUCGUCGGUGCCGCUACAAUGAUGGAGGGAGGGGCUUUGGGUCCGUAUACGCGUCAGCAGAUUGAAACGUUCUGUCAGGAAAGGCUUAUAGGAGUCAGCAUAGAGUGCUUGGACGAGUUCCUUGCCAUUGAUAUCAGCACACCGGCCUUUGCGUCUAGAGAUGCCGGCGUAGGAAAAGCUGACAAGUCUGGCAAGAUCUCUACCCUUGAAAGCGCCAUGCAGCUUCUGCACCUGAUUUUCACUGCAUUUCGCUUCGAAGAUUCAGCCUUUCGGCGCGCGAAGCAUCGCGUCCUCAUGGAUUACCACGCCUACACUCGAGAUCUGGUGGGUUAUUCUCUGGGAGAGCUGAUAUUCAGCAUGACUGGACGUGAUCCUCGCUUUGAUGCAUUUAAUUCUGGCGUAACUUCAAGCCUUGACUUGCAUUUCGUGGAGAAGGAAAUACGCUUUCUCAUUGAAAGACAGCUAGCUCGCGGCGAGGUUGAAGUGACGGUCGCCGGUGAUGUGGACUCGGCUCACGUUGCGAAAUUGGCAGGGAAGUAUUUGGGCACAAUUGUACCAAAGCAGAUAAAUGAAGCGGAACUACAGUGGGCAGGGCGUCCUACGGAGCCCAGCCAAAUCUCGUUGUACUCCCCUUACUAUAAUCUUCAAGUAGCGGCAGCACAUGGCGGGGUGCAGAAAUCCAGUCUGCCGCCAAACACAGGUGACAGCCUUUCAUCUGGUAAUUGGGCGAAGGCCUGGGGUAGGCGGCUGCACGUCUUUGUGCGGGAUAGCGAGACGCGUGCUGUGGUGCAUAUUGGAGGCUUCGCGUGUAAUCGAUGGGGCCGGAACCCUGAUGGCUCGUGGAUAUGGGAGCAUAUGGAUGCCGUAGAACGCAAGAACGACUCCACACCGAGCAGCAUGGAGGAAACAACACCGGAAGUUCACCAGCAAAGGGUAGACUUAGCCGCCAGUGAGCACAGGAAGCAUCCAGCCUUCCCUCGUGUGGCUCUCUGGAUCUUGCAAGAGCUAGUAACCAAGCGUCUUUUCUCGAUCCUGCGAGAGGAACAGAGAUUAACAUAUGAAGCGGCGUUCGACGUGAUGUCAUUUGACAUUCUUCGUGGGGGUAUUUUCAUUAUUACAGUCCACACUCAACCAGAAGAAGCGGAACGGGUCCUUGAAGCAACGCAUGUAGCGCUGCAGCAGCUAAAAACCGUUCGUCCCCUACUGCAGUCACAGCUCGAAGGGGCUAAGCAGCAAGUACUUAUGAGGCAUGAGCACGAUCGCAAAUACGCGCGGUACUGGCUCGAUCUUCUUGGCGGCCUACAGCUAAGUGAUGUUCCUCGAAAGACCGGUUCAUACUUUGCAGAUUUUGAGCGUAUUGUCAACAGCAUAACUCUCCAGGACAUCCAUUCGCUGUUGCUGUCGCUUGGUAUGCGUCGGGAAAGCAUGUGGGAAGCUAUUGGUGUCUCAGGUCCCGUUCCACCAGCUGCUCUUUCUCGACCUCCCAAGCAUGCAAUAAAUGGCCCAUCCGUAACGCCUUCGAAGACGCGGCUUCGUGCCUCGGGCAGUGGAGACCUUUCCAUUGCUCCAACAUAG